AUGUUAGACCCUGAGGGCAGUGUGGAGCACAAAGCGGUUCCUUCCUUCCCCAGAGUUUUUCUCAUCCUCUUAGCCAUGCUGAUCGUCCUAGGGGCAAUAAUCUUCUUGGCAUUUUCUGCCUCCGAGCAGAAAGAGGAGGAUUUUUACUCCUUUAAAGUAAUCAACAUCAGGGGCAAGCUCGUCUCCCUGGACAAAUACAGAGGCUCGGUGUCCUUAGUUGUCAAUGUUGCAAGUGAGUGUGGAUACACUGACAGCCACUACAAAGCCCUGCAAAAACUGCAGAGAGAACUUGGCUCAUAUCAUUUCAAUGUGCUGGCAUUCCCCUGUAAUCAAUUUGAUCAGCAAGAGCCAAAUACUAAUAGAGAAAUUGAGAAUUUUGCGCGACAAACAUAUGACGUCACCUUUCCCAUGUUCAGCAAGACAGCAGUCAAGGGCAUGGGGGCGAACCCAGCCUUCAAAUAUUUAACUGAAUCCACUGGCGAGGAGCCAACCUGGAACUUCUGGAAAUACCUUGUCGAUCCAAAUGGAAAAGCAGUAAAGGCUUGGGACUCUACUGUCACUAUUGAAGAAAUAAAACCAUAUGUCACUGAACUUGUGAGGAAUAUCAUCCUGAAGAAAAGAGUUGAGCUGUGAUCUAUUUUUUCUAAAAACAACAACAACAACAAAACCAUUCAUUUUUUUAGGUCUUCAUAUUCCUAAAAGAAAAUGUAAUCAACAGAAAUCCUUUCUGUCAACAUGAGUUUGCUCCCAUCCCUCAAGUACAAGUUGUUUUGUUUUGUUUUUUAUAUUCAAUCUAGUAUUCUGAGUCCACCAAAAGCUAAUUGUUCUACCUUAGGUUAAGGUUUUAUGUAUUAGUUUAGCGUGUUGCCUGAACCAGGCCAGUGGGAGG